UCGCUGCACGUCACGGAACAGUUUGUUAUAUAGUGAAUGUCAGGUUUGUCAAUGUGCACGAGAAGGCAAAUGGCAAUGUGUUCGUUGCACUGUCUUUUCUCCUUAUAAUGCAUCGUCGUGUCUGUCAUGUGGACUCAACAGGCUGCUGAAUGUGCCACGCGAAGACAGUCCUCCCAUCUCUCAGCCACGUAAAUCACUCUUCAAAGAACUUAAAGGCAAAAUAGUUGGAGGAUUUAAACGAGUGUUUAGUCGUAGCGCGUCUGUAGAUUUGUCAGACAGCGCGUCUACCGUCUCUCCAUCAGAGAGCAAAGAGGAAGGCAAUAGACGUGAUGGCAGAGAAAGUGAAAAAGGAAAUUGGAAAUGUCCUAAAUGUACUUUUAAUAACAAGUUAGAUUUUUUUACUUGUGAAAUGUGCCGAACAGCAAAGCCAGAGGUGGUAGUCAUUGACCCCAACCAAAACAGUCUACCCCGAAGUGCGAUGGAAGAUGAAAGUUCUUCCUCAUAUGAUGGUCACUCUGGUACAUGGGAAUGUGUAUACUGUACAUGUAUCAACUCAUCAUUAAGGAAAGAAUGUCAGCAAUGUAGACAUCCUCGAUACAAGGAGACAGUAGAGAGAGAAAGCAAAGCUGUAGAAAGGAGUAUGUCAUCUAGUGAUGGUAUUGCAUGCUACUUUUGUACGUUCUCUAAUCCUGCAGGAGCUUUGGAGUGUGAAAUGUGCCAUAAGUGUAUUAAAGAUGUUGGUACCAAGACUCAUUUGAAUGAAGGGACUUCCACAUCAGUCAAUGAAACUGAGAUGAGGCCUUGCCCACAUUGCACUCUUCUCAACCCUUCAUCAGCAAGCAGAUGCAGCGCUUGUGGCAGCAGAAUAGCAACAGUAGAGAAGGACAAUGCACUGGAAACUGAAGAGAAACAUUCAGUUAUUCAAUCCUCAAAAGCACCAGACAGUGAUGUUGUUGCCUGUCAUCACUGCACAUACAUGAAUGCUGUACAUGUUGAGACAUGUGGCAUGUGUCAUCAACCUACGAAAGGAGGCGAUGUUAUGAAGUCCGGAUGGUGGAAGUGUGACAAGUGUAGGUAUAACAAUGAACCCAAUAAAACUCGUUGUGUAGCUUGUGACAUCCCCAUCACAGCUGCCAUCUCACGCAAGCUCCGAACAGAACAGCGACAGGAUAGAACAUGGACUUGUGUAAAAUGCACAUUAAAGAAUCCAGAAGGAGAAGUCCGGUGUCAGAUUUGUAGUACUAGAUAUGGGGACAAACAGAAAGGAAAUGGCAAUGUAGAGGACAAUACGGAAAAGAGAAGGAGAGGUCCUAGUGUAGGACGACAAGAAAGUUGGAGUAUGCAGUUGAAAAGACAGGUGGAUGAACAUGAUGCAAUAUUACAGUGGAAGAACAUAAUAUCUUUUUGUAGGAUGAGUCAUAUUUCAUUUGUUGACCCUUCAUUUCCUCACUCAUCUCGUUCCUUGUACUUAAACCCACGUCAUUCUGACAAUCCACGUGUCACUCAGUGGCUGCGUCCACCACAGAUAGUGCGUGUCGAUCAAAGUCGUUCAGAGUGGGUUGUUUCUAGAACUCCGAGACCAAGUGAUAUUAUGCAGGGAGUGUUGGGCAACUGCUGGUUUCUCAGUGCUUUGGCUGUUUUAGCAGAAAGGCCUGAGCUUGUGGAAAAGAUAAUUGUUACACGGCAGAAAUGUUUUGAAGGAGCGUAUCAAGUUCGACUGUGUAAGGAUGGUCGGUGGCAGAUCAUUCUUGUUGAUGAUUGUUUUCCUUGCAACAAAUACAAUCGAUUGGUAUAUUCUCAGGCUCGACGUGCUCAACUGUGGGUCCCUCUCAUUGAAAAGGCAAUGGCUAAACUCUACUCAUGCUAUGAAGCUCUGAGAGGUGGAAAUUGUAUUGAAGGAUUGUCAACUCUGACUGGGGCUCCGUGUGACACAUUGAAGUUGCAAGUGAGCCCAUUAUUGAGUAGAGAUGAAAAUGCAAUAGACGGUGACUUGGUAUGGGGACAACUCUUAAGCUUCAAGGAAGCAGGGUUCUUAAUGGGUGCAUCAUGCGGGUCUGUUGAUGAGUCAGUCAGUGAAGCAGAAUUCAAAACAGUCGGACUGGCAUCUCAGCAUGCCUAUUCUGUGCUUGACAUUCAGCAAGUCUAUAACAACAGGCUAAUUCGUUUGCGUAAUCCAUGGGGAUCUCACUCAUGGACAGGUGAUUGGAGUGACUCUUCUCCUCUCUGGACACCAACACUACGAGAACAGUUGAUGGCUCAUGGAGCAACAGCAGGAAUAUUUUGGGUUUCACUUCCAGAUUUGAUGAAGUAUUUCACAAGAGUUGAUGUCUGUAAAGUACGUUCCGAAUGGGCAGAGGUGAGGAUUGAGACUGUACUAACAACAGAUGGCCCUACACACAUUGUGUACUUGACAGUUCUACAUGACACAGAGAUAGAACUUUGUUUAUUUCAAGAGAAGAUGCGAGGACAAGGACACAAAGCAACACUUGUGGAUCUUUGGAUUGCAAUUCUUGCUGUCCCUGGAAUGGGCCAGCGACCAACAUCAGCUAUGACUCACAGCAAGAGAUCUGUGAAAAACUGUGUGUCUGUAACUACCUUUUUGAAAGUUGGCUUUUACAUGGUUGUGCCAAUGGCUUUCAACCACAUAUCAAACCAGGCUAUCUUUGCACCACAUGCAGCAACUGUAGUAGCUGCAGAUGAUGGUGGAGGAUGGAAUGGCAUGAAUGAAGGUCGUAGCUGCGUGUUGACACUCUACAGUGCUCGACCAGUUUUGGCAGACUCAAGCAUUGCUGCAUCUCCCAUCUUAGCUGAUACCCUCUAUCACAUACUGAAAAUGUCAGGCAAAAGGACAGAGCCAUAUCGUGGAGUUACUGUUUAUACAUUGAUGGUAAACAUCUGUGGGCUAGUUGUUGGUGUGGAGAAUAGAAAUCAUACGAUUACAUUCAAGUUGGAGUGUUCUUGUUCUGGCAGUAUGAACAUGGUGUGCACACGUUUGGAAAUGGACACAGUUGACUAUAUUCCUGCUUUGCACAGGCAGAUUUCACUUGUUCUCACUCAACUAGAACGAACAUCAGGAUAUGGCAUCACGUUUCAGAGUCGUUUUGGCUCUGUUCCAGGUCAUCACCACAUUGAUCCUACAGAUCUUCAUGUUCCACCACUGACAGACAAAAACAGACUUUUACAUCAACCCUACCCUCUGUAGUUCACCACACACUGUUUGAACAUACAGACGUAUGAGAUGUAACAAGAUAGUCAAAUUUGAGUGUUGCAGUAUUAUAUUGAUUGACAAAAUGGCAUGUAUUUCGAUAUACGUCUGCUCGUUGCAGACUACGUAGGCUUAUGCAUACAUGGGUUAAUAUCAGUAAAUACAAAUUUGAAGAUU